CUGUGUUUAGUUAAAAUGCCUGGCGUUAACACUGAAAACAGCAUAUUUAGCAUUUCUAUUAUCUCUCUCUGUCAGGCCCAAAAUGCAAUUAGUGGACCCCUGUUUUAUGGUGAAUUGGAGCGUCAACUUUUACAAGCCAACCCCAUCCUUGAGUCUUUUGGGAAUGCUAAGACGGUGAAAAAUGACAACUCGUCACGUUUUGGGAAAUUCAUCCGGAUCAACUUUGAUGUCACCGGAUACAUUGUUGGAGCCAAUAUUGAAACCUACUUACUGGAGAAAUCAAGAGCUAUUCGUCAAGCCAAAGAUGAACGCACCUUCCAUGUUUUCUACCAGCUGCUGGCUGGAGCCGGAGAGCACCUCAAAUCGGACCUGCUUUUGGAAGGAUUCAACAGCUACCGUUUCCUGUCCAACGGUAACAUCCCAAUCCCGGGCCAGCAGGACAAAGACAACUUCCAGGAGACCAUGGAGGCAAUGCACAUCAUGAGCUUCGCCCACGAAGAGAUUCUGGCCAUGUUGAAGGUGGUGUCCUCUGUGCUACAGUUUGGUAACAUUAUCUUUAAGAAGGAGAGGAACUCUGACCAAGCCUCUAUGCCUGAUAACACUGCUGCUCAGAAGCUGUGUCAUCUGCUGGGUAUGAAUGUAAUGGAGUUUACCAGAGCCAUCCUGUCCCCAAGGAUCAAAGUAGGACGAGACUACGUCCAGAAAGCGCAGACUAAAGAGCAGGCUGACUUUGCUGUUGAGGCCUUGGCUAAAGCGACAUAUGAGCGUCUGUUCCGCUGGCUGGUCCAUCGCAUUAACAAAGCUCUGGACAGAACCAAACGGCAGGGUGCCUCCUUCAUCGGCAUCCUGGACAUUGCGGGUUUUGAGAUUUUCCAGCUGAACUCAUUUGAGCAGCUAUGUAUCAACUACACCAAUGAAAAGCUGCAGCAGCUCUUCAACCACACCAUGUUCAUCCUGGAGCAGGAGGAGUACCAGAGGGAGGGCAUUGAGUGGAGCUUCAUCGACUUCGGCCUCGACCUGCAGCCCUGCAUCGACCUCAUUGAGAGGCCGGCGAACCCUCCAGGAGUGUUGGCUCUGCUUGAUGAAGAGUGCUGGUUCCCCAAGGCCACGGACAAGACCUUUGUAGACAAGCUGACCCAGGAGCAGGGCACACACACCAAGUUCCAGAAGCCCCGACAGCUCAAAGAUAAGGCCGACUUCUGCAUCAUCCACUACGCCGGCAAGGUGGACUAUAAGGCAGAUGAGUGGCUAAUGAAGAACAUGGACCCCCUGAAUGACAAUGUGGCCACACUUCUUCAUCAGUCAACUGAUAAAUUUGUGGCUGAACUUUGGAAAGAUGUCGACCGCAUCGUGGGCCUGGACCAGGUGGCAGGAAUGAACGAGACAGCCUUUGGUGCCACCUACAAAACGAAAAAGGGCAUGUUUCGUACAGUUGGACAGCUCUACAAGGAGUCGCUCACCAAGCUCAUGGCCACACUGAGGAACACCAACCCCAACUUCGUCCGCUGCAUCAUCCCCAACCAUGAAAAAAGAGCUGGUAAACUGGAGCCUCACCUGGUUCUGGACCAGCUGAGGUGUAAUGGAGUCCUAGAGGGCAUUCGUAUCUGCAGACAGGGCUUCCCCAACCGCAUCGUCUUCCAGGAGUUCAGACAGAGAUAUGAGAUCCUAACACCCAACGCUAUCCCCAAGGGAUUCAUGGAUGGUAAACAAGCCUGUGAGAGAAUGAUCCGAGCCCUGGAGCUGGACCCGAACCUGUUCCGUAUUGGUCAGAGUAAGAUCUUCUUCAGAACUGGUGUUCUGGCUCACCUGGAGGAGGAGAGAGAUCUGAAGAUCACUGACAUCAUCAUUUACUUCCAGUCUGUGUGCCGUGGAUACUUGGCACGCAAGGCCUUUGCUAAGAAGCAGCAGCAGUUGAGUGCCCUAAAGGUCCUUCAGAGGAACUGUGCUGCUUACUUGAAGCUGCGACACUGGCAGUGGUGGAGGCUCUUCACCAAGGUGAAGCCUCUGCUGCAGGUCACCAGGCAGGAGGAGGAGAUGCAAGCCAAAGACGAGGAGCUGAUAAAAGUGAAGGAGAGACAGCUCAAGGUGGAGAAUGAGCUGGUGGAGAUGGAGAGGAAACACCAACAGCUCAUAGAGGAGAAGAAUAUCCUAGCAGAGCAACUCCACGCGGAGACGGAGCUGUUCGCCGAGGCCGAAGAGAUGAGAGUUCGUCUGCUUUCUAGGAAGCAAGAGUUGGAGGAGAUCCUUCAUGACCUGGAGUCCAGGGUGGAGGAAGAGGAGGAGAGGAACCAGAGCCUGCAGAAUGAGAAGAAGAAGAUGCAGUCACACAUCCAGGACUUGGAGGAGCAGCUCGAUGAGGAGGAAGCUGCAAGGCAGAAGCUGCAACUGGACAAAGUGACAGCUGAGGCGAAGAUCAAGAAAAUGGAGGAGGACAUUCUCCUGCUGGAAGACCAAAACUCCAAGUUCCUCAAGGAGAAGAAGCUGCUGGAGGACAGGAUUGGCGAGAUGACCUCCCAGCUCACGGAGGAGGAGGAGAAAGCAAAGAACCUUGGCAAGAUCAAGAACAAGCAGGAGAUGAUGAUGGUUGACCUGGAGGAGCGUUUAAAGAAGGAGGAGAAAACGCGUCAGGAGCUGGAGAAGGCCAAACGCAAACUGGAUGCUGAGACGACCGACCUGCAGGACCAGAUUGUGGAACUUCAGGCUCAGAUAGAGGAGCUGAAGAUCCAACUGGCCAAAAAGGAGGAGGAGCUGCAGGCUGCUCUGGCCAGGAGUAAUGAGGAGACCGUCCAGAAGAACAACGCCUUGAAGCAGGUUCGGGAGCUGCAGGCCCAGCUAGCUGAGCUUCAGGAGGAUCUGGAGUCAGAGAAGAUGUGUCGAACUAAAGCUGAAAAGCUUAAGAGGGACCUGAGUGAGGAGCUCGAGGCUCUGAAGACAGAGCUUGAGGACACGCUGGAUACUACGGCUGCCCAGCAGGAGCUUAGGUGCUUGUUUAAAGCUUGUUUAUCAAUGAUGAUAAAGGGGAAGUCCACAGAUUUUACACAUCAAACAGAACGUAAAGCUAAUUUUAGAAAUAAAGCGGUGGCAUACAAAUCCAAUGGACGCACGCGAUUAGACACAAGUCCACCUCGGGCGCCGCGGAUUGGCGCGAGGAUGGGUCUGCAUCAACAUUUUUCAACCUGA